CGCCUAGAGGUUUGUACAACUCUUUCCAUCCCUCUGCAGAAGCUGCUCUUUUAAGGCCUUCAAGAACACGACUUUUAUAUUUUUUUCAGGAAAAUCUCAUAACGGUUUUCACUGAUUUAUCUGUGGAGAGUUUGGAUUGUCUGGGUUGAGAAAGGAAGGAGAAAGAUGCUGAAGAUUCUAAGGCAAAAAGCUGCUGCUGCUCCGCUUUUGAGGACUGUCGUAUUAUCAUCAAGAAAUUACUCUGCUUCAGCUAAGGAGAUGACUGUAAGGGAGGCGCUAAACUCGGCUCUUGAUGAGGAAAUGUCUGCUGAUCACAGAGUCUUCUUGAUGGGUGAAGAGGUGGGGGAAUAUCAAGGUGCAUACAAGGUCACUCAAGGACUCUUGCAGAAGUAUGGUCCUGAAAGGGUUGUAGACACACCAAUAACAGAGGCUGGCUUCACAGGGAUUGGAGUUGGUGCAGCAUAUUAUGGACUCAGACCCGUUGUUGAAUUUAUGACGUUUAAUUUUGCUAUGCAGGCAAUUGAUAACAUCAUUAACUCAGCGGCCAAAACAAAUUACAUGUCAUCAGGCAAUAUAAGCGUGCCUAUUGUUUUUAGAGGACCAAAUGGUGCGGCUGCUGGCGUUGGUGCUCAGCAUUCCCAGUGUUAUGCAGCAUGGUAUGGUGCAAUCCCGGGCUUGAAAGUGCUUACCCCAUAUUCUUCUGAAGAUGCUCAUGGACUUCUUAAAGCUGCUAUAAGGGACCCUGACCCUGUUGUCUUCCUCGAAAAUGAGUUGCUGUACGGUGAAUCUUUCCCGGUUUCUGAAGAAGUUCUAGAUGCUGGUUUUUCCACCCCUAUUGGGAAAGCCAAGAUUGAAAAAGAAGGAAAAGAUGUGUCUAUUGUUGCUUUUUCAAAGAUGGUUGGCUUCUCUCUCAAGGCCGCAGAGAUACUCGCAAAGGAUGGGAUAGAUGCAGAGGUCAUAAAUCUACGCUCAAUUAGGCCACUGGAUAGAUCCAUGAUUAAUGCUUCAGUCCGUAAAACCAACAGGCUAGUAACAGUCGAAGAAGGGUUCCCUCAACAUGGCGUUGGUGCUGAAAUCUGUGCAUUGAUAGUCGAGGAUAGUUUCGAUUACCUCGAUGCCCCGGUGGAGAGGAUAGCUGGGGCAGAUGUCCCCAUGCCUUAUGCUGCUAACCUUGAGCGAAUGGCUCUUCCGCAGGUCGAAGAUAUCGUUCGUGCAACUAAGAGAGCUUGCUAUAGAUCCAUCCCAAUGUCUGCGUCUACUUAAAUUUUCAGACCUCUUGGGAGAAAGUUGUCUUGAACAGUUCCAAUUUCUCGAAACUUCAGGCAAAUGUGACUCAAAAUUACAUGUAUUAAUAAUUUUAGUAUAGGUGAAUGAGAAACGUUGCAUUAUAUUUGCCAGUUAAAUGAUGCUUCUCAUUUCGUCUAAGAAAUUUUUUGCCCUAAUCAUAUUUGAUUGAAUCCAAUCAUACAGUAUAUGUAAUAA